AUGGGGUGGGGGAUAGGGUGGGGUUGUAGAGGUUAUGUGGGGGUUUGGGGAGUUGUAGUGGGGGAUGGUGGGUUUUGGGGGGUUGGGGGUGUAGGGGUGGGGAUGAGGGGGGGGGGAUAUGGUGGGGUAAUAUGUUUGGGUUGGGUGGGUGAGGGGGUUGGGAGGUGGGAGGGUGGGUGGUGGGGGGGGGGGGGUUUUUGGUGUUUGGGGGGGGGUUGGUGGGUGGGGGGGGGUUUGGUGGGGGGGGAGGUUUUGGGUGUGGUAGUGGUUGUUUGGUGGUGGGGGGGAGGUGGUGGUGGGUUUUUGGGGUGGGGUGGGUGGUGUGGGUGGGGGGGGGUUGGGGGGGUGGGGGGGGGGGUGGGGGGGUGGUGUUGGGGGGUUUUGUUGGUGGGGGGGUUGGUUAGGGGGUUUUGUGGGGUUUUUUGGGGGGGGAUUGGGGGUUGGUGGGUGGGGGGGGGGGGGGUGUUUGGUGUGUGGGGUGUGGGUGGGGGGUGGGGGUUUGGGGGGGUUAUGGGGGUGGGGUGGGUUUGGGGGUGUGGAAUGUGGGGGUAUGUGUGGGGGGGGGGAUGGGUGGGAAUGGUUGUUAGGGUUGAAUUGGGGGGGGUUUGUGGGGAUGGGGGGGGGUUAGGGGGGUUGGGAUAG